CGCUUCUAAACUCUUUCCAAAUUCAUCUGAUCCAUCUCUGAACAUGGAGGGUUUCCAUAUGGGAUCUAAGAUACAGAAUUAUAGUGUUGAUUUUAGUGCAUCUCAGUCGAGAUCCCACGUGGCUGAGAAACCUAACACGGCAGCAGGGAGGUUCUUGUCUGAGGAAAACAACGGCGAUGGGAUGAACAUAUCUGCGAAGAAGAUGAAGAAGAAGGGUGAGAAGAAAUCCAGGAAGCCAAGAUUUGCGUUUCAGACAAGAAGCCAGGUUGAUAUUCUUGAUGAUGGUUAUCGUUGGCGGAAGUACGGCCAGAAAGCAGUAAAAAACAACAAAUUUCCUAGAAGUUACUACCGAUGCAGUCGUGAGGGGUGCAGCGUGAAGAAGCAAGUGCAAAGACUAUCGAGAGACGAGAGCAUCGUUGUCACCACAUAUGAAGGGAACCACAAUCAUCCGGUGGAAAAACCUAGCGACAAUUUCGAACAAAUUCUCAGCCAGAUGCAGAUUUAUCCUCCUCUUUGAAUUAUUCUUGUAAAACUCUAAUUAUAGUAUACAUAUAUAUCAUAUGAUAAGAUCCUAGAAACAGGGGCGGACAC